AACGCUUUGACCAGAGAUAUGGUCAGACAAGCAGGUGGGUUGGACCCGCUGGUCAAUAUGGCCAGGAACCCGAAAACGAAAGAAGAUAAGCCAUUGCUUGCUGCUGUCACAGGGGCAAUUUGGAAGACAGCCAUCAGUCCUGCGAAUGUUGAAAGGUUGGAUCAACUGAAAACUGUCGAGACGCUUGUCAAGCUCCUAGAGAACGUCGAAGAAGACGAAGGUGUUUUGAGCAACGUUGUUGGGGCACUUUGCGAAUGUCUGAAAUUUGAACACAACAGAAGUACCCUGAGGAGAGCAGACGGUAUACCUCACUUGGUGAACCUGCUCAAUUACACCUAUCCUCCAUUAUUAGAAAACGUCCCGAUGGUAUUGAGAGAGUGUGCCGAAGAUGAAGAUUCGAUGAGGAUCAUCGAAGAAUUGGAUGGCGUCAGACUCAUUUGGUCUUUGCUGAAAAACGAUUCUCCAAGGGUUCAAGCUAACGCAGCAUGGUCUUUAGUACCGUGCAUAAGACAUGCUACCGAUUCUGGAGAAAUGGUUCGAUGUUUUGUUGGUGGUUUAGAGCUUAUCGUCAAUCUACUCAAAUCUCCUGACACCAGAGUUUUAGCCUGUGUUUGUGCAGCAAUUGCAGAAGUAGCUAAAGAUAUUGAAAACUUAGCAGUUAUUACAGACCAUGGUGUAGUACAAAUGCUUGUGGAUUUAGUUGGCACUGAAGACGUUCUGUUGAGGCAGCAUUUAGCUUCAGCUAUAGCGUAUUGCUGCGCCUGGGGAUCUAAUUGCAAGAUGUUUGGAAGACUUGGAGCGAUUACCCCACUGGUCCAAUACAUGGCAGACGAAGACCCUGACGUUCACAGAACGACGGCCUUGGCUUUAUACCAUCUCUCCCAAAACCCUUUCAACUGUAUCACGAUGCACGAGGGAGGUGUGGUGACGUUCCUCUUGAAGGCGGUGUCCACCAAAGACUACAAACUCCAAGAAGCAGCCGCUGGAUGUUUGGCCAACAUCAGAAAACUCGCUCUCGAGGCAGAAACCGUGCAUCUGAUCAGGACCAAACCGGCCAGCAGCGACGAAGACGUGAACUGAUUGCGAUUACUUUGUUAAGCAAUAAAGAUUUAUUUUCAAAA